UUUCUUCUUCGUUCUCCGAGCCAACCCCGCACUUGCACCUCUCCCUCUGCCACCUCUAUACCUACAUAUGUAAGAAUAACAGUACUGCAACAUGCAUAUAUGUAUUGCACAUUUCAAAUCCAGAGACGACACAUCUCCACGGCGUGGACCAGGAAUCGAUGCAUGGCAUGUGUCGUGUCGUGUCGUGUCCCGCUGCCUACAGUUCAGCGACAUUGAUUUUUCAAGGCAGUCAAUCUCACGCUGAGCAACGUGGGGGUUGUCUUUUUUUUUCAUCACGAUUGAUAAACCAUUGAAGAUUGCACGUACCGAGUCUCGCUAGUUAUGCAGUUUGCAUGCGAGCCGACAUGAUGUGCAAGCCCAUAUCGAAAAUCCCGAACCUUGUGCCUGGGGAGAAGAAAAUUCAAGGGCCGUGCAUGGCGUGCAUGUUUGUCAAUGUCGGUUUCAUCCUGCUGGCCAUCAUCACUUCUGACAUGUACAAUAAAUCCGGCUACAUGUGUUACAGCCAAAAAGCACAUGCUUCAGUAACUACUUUCGGGUAUUGCAUCCCUGGCCUCUGGUGCUGAAAGCAAAACUUUCUUUUUUGAACCUUUUUGUCCCUGCCUACUUUUUGUUACCUUUUUUAUAUACUUUUUAGGUGUAGGAACCACUGUAACUUCCAAUCAAAAAAAACUUAAAACUCAGUAACUACUUGUAGCCUACAUAUGUACUCAAGUACUUAGCCAAGUCUUCGGGAGCUAAUCCGUGUACCUGAGUGGCGUUGGCCGACUAUCCUAUCAUCCAGCCGCGCCAUCGAUGCAGUGUAUUCCUUAAUGUAAUCGAGACUAAUGAACCCGUUCAUGGCGGCUUGAAAGAAGAAAGGAACUGGGUAUUGAGUACCACUGGUGGACCUGGUAGGUACCAGCGUACAACCUGAAUGACAUAUCCGGGGCAGCUGGAUGUAUAUACAUCUGAUCACUAGAACACAGUGGGGUCUGUCAUACUACGACCCGAAAUACGUAUAUAUAACCUCUAAUUCACAUAGUUUGAGUACGAAAUGAUCCCCAGCCUACGAAAAGACAACACAGCACAGAUGGCAUGUCCAAUCUCUAUUGCUUCCCCAGCUCCAAAACUUUGGCCGCAUUCAAACUACCUCAACACCACCCAGUGACAACCACAAGCUGCAGACUGUUUCCCAAUUAUUUCACCAUCAUCUACAGAGCCAUACACAUUGCGAUUGCUGUUCCAGGAAUGCCUUCGAGUCCUCGGUCACCUGCGCCUACGCGCUCGCCUUCGCGUCGCAGUCCAAAUGUUUCUCGCGGUCGCUCGCCUUCGCGCUCACAGACACGAUCACGCGCAAAUUCAGAAAACUCUGCUUCACGAUCGCCCAGACGCUCUAUAUCCCCACGGUCCCGCUCGGCCUCCGACUCUCGUUCGCGUUCACGAGGUCCUCGUUCGGCUUCGCCCCGUCGCAAUGGCCGUCGUCGCAGCUACUCUAGAACUCGAUCAGUGUCUCGCUCACGGUCGCGGUCGCUCACACCUAGAGGGCGCAGAGGGUCGUACUCGAGAAGUGCUGGUCGCAUGAGCCUUUCGCCCGCUCCUAGAAGCGCAAAGAUCAUUGUAGAGCAGUUAACAAAAAAUGUGAACGAGGACCAUCUGCACGAGAUCUUCGGGCACUACGGCCCGAUCAAAGACCUUCAACUCCCAUUGAAUCCGGCUUUCAGAGUAAACCGCGGCACAGCAUUCAUCGUCUAUGACGAAAUCGAAGACGCAGAAAAAGCCAUUGCCAGCAUGCAUCUUGCCGAACUCGACGGCUCCAAACUACAAGUUUCCAUCGUUCUACCGCGGCGCCGCUUCUCACGAUCUCCACCUUCAAUGCGGAGAAAUGGCCCUCCACCGCGCGCGCGGGGCGAUUUUGGUGAUGGAUAUAGACCUGGCGGACCCCCAGGAGGAUAUCGCCCACCACCCAUGGGAGGAGGCGGCGGUCCGCCUCGAUACCGAUCCCAAUCACCUGGUUCGUACCGAGGAGGACACGGAGGCCGAGGCGGAAGAGGAAACAGGGGUGAUCACAGCUACAGACCGCGUCGGUCAGCAACUCGCUCGAGAAGCCCCCGGCGCAGUCUAUCGCGUACUCCGUACUCGAGAUCGCCUUCCAGAGGCCCCGCGAGACAUGGUGGUGGAGGGGGAGGAUAUCGCAGACGAGACUCGCCACCCCGUAGGGGUAGUGGUGGUGGUAGAAGCCGAAGAAGUCCUAGCUAUAGCUCGUAUGACAGCUACAGCGAUCGUGAGAGGAGUCAAAGCAGGAGCAGGGGAAAGGGUCCACCUCGACGUUAG